UGUUUGUUCUUUUUCAUUUUUCUUGAAAUCGUUCAGAUUCGACGAAGAAGUCCGGCAGAAAUAUACGGUUUGCGCGAAGGGGACCACGUCUUGGCGAUUAACGGGUUUGACGCACUCGACAUGUCCCAUUCCAGAGCCGUCCAGAUUAUCGAUUCGGCAGCCUACACGCUGGAACUAAUCGUCGGCAGAUACGAACGUCAACAACGGAUGGAAACCAUCUAUUUGGACAAUGAGGCAUUACGAUCCAAGCAGAUCCCGCAAGAGUUAACCACCACGGAAUUGCAACUAUUCUGGGAGAAGGAAAUGCCAUUGCGACCUCAGCGUAGCAAAGUACCACCGCCAGAGAGAAAACCGAUCGUCAUUCCGGCCCCCAAACCCGUACCUAUACGUACAAUGCAGGUGCUUGUACCAUCACCCGCACCACCGCCACCAAAACCGCAACCGACUGUGUUCUAUGUGGCACCACCGCAACGCAAGCCAUCACCGCCACCACCUGCACCACCGCCGCCACCGCCACCACCACCGCACAGCACAGAGAAGGUGAUUGUCCCACAGGAUCCGGAAGUGACCAGCGUAUCUGUGAGAAAACUCAUGAAAGAGUUUGAUGUUCCACCGAUCGCACCAGAGCUACGCAAAAAGAACUACGCCGACUCGUCGUUCUACUCAGACCCGAAUAAGUACUACCCGACAAUCGAGGAACAGAUUGAGAUGGCUCGUAAAGUCGCGGACAGUUUGCAAGAUCCAGAAAAUUUGUUCUCCAAAGGUGUCAACAUGUUCGAAAAGCAACGAUUACGGGCGGACAAGCAUGUGCGUGAAGGUCCCGAACCCGAGCCGGACCCGAUUGAGCAGGCGACCAAAGAAGAUUUGGAACAUAUGAUUCCACCUGUUCCACCGCCGCCACCACCACCACCACCACCGAGUUUUCCGGGCUUGCAACCCGUCAACAAACAAACGUAUCCAAUUCCACCACCUCCACCGCUGUUGCCUGGUCAACCGAAAACUGUUCAAGAAUUUCUGGAAAAAAUCAAAGUGUUUCCAACUAGCAGUCACGCGGAUAUGGAUCCACAAAAGUGUUUUGACAUUGCGUCGGCCCUAUACACGUCUGAUAGUCGUGGCGCGAAAAUGUUCGCCAAGAGGCAUGCCCGUGCCAAGCGAUGGGAUGCGGAAGCAACUGACGGUGGAGAUGGUCCAGUCCGUUUGCGAUCACCAGCCCCAAUGCAACAACCAAUGAUGGCCGCAGCCCCCGGACCGACUGUGCACGAUCAGCUGAAAUCCAAACUGGCUUCACGUUUACCGGCGAAGAAAACGCAGGAUAACUACCCAGCAGCACAAGGUCAGGUCAAUCGAAGCAUGGCUCAGAUGAAACCCAUGCAACCGUUACAACGCAUGGACAGUGCACCAGCCAAAACACCGGGUAGUAUCUCUCUAGCCGCAAAUCAUGAAUCUUCACCGCCGAAACCUGCUCCAGCAUUAGCAGAAGCCAUGCCAAAGCCAUUUGGUCAAAUGGAUUCAGCACUCCAGGCAUCAAGCAGCUCACUAAUCGGUAAUCUGGCCAGUGCCUAUGGCAGUUCCACGACUAGCCUCUCGAGUGCGACCUCGGAAAGCGGAUCACAGUCCGGAUGGAGACCCGUAAAGUUUAAAAUUGCCGCUGCCGCCGCACCGGUGGAACAGACACAAAAAGAACAUUCAGCCACUCCGGAACCGGAAUUAAGGCCACGAGCACGACCGGAAUCAGAGUCCGAAGUGGAAUCCCUGUCCGAGCCGAAAACGGAGGCUAAUCCGAUCCCCGACGAAGUCCCGGAACCACCAAAGACAGACACCAAAGAGAAUGUCGAUGAGCCCGCAAAGGAAGAGGAUAGUUCAGCUACAGAGACACCGGUAGCUAGUGAUGCGGAAGAGGAAAAAGAAUAA